AUGUCUACGGGUGUUCUGCAGUUUGUAAAGGGAAUCGACUUCUCCAGGAAUGACUUCUCUGUAAGUUUAAAUUAUUUUUCUACACGAUAAUAAAAAAAACUUGAUGAAAAAUGUCAAAUUACUCAAGUCUAUAGUCUGUUCAGAUUUUGAAUGUCAAGUCGCCGCUGAAGCUCCGCCCAUAAUGGUGCAAUAAACCAAUCAGAGAGCGAGCCAUCCACAGAGUGUUUUUGAAUGACGUCAUUGCAGUUGACAUUUAAAAUCUGAACAGACUAUAUCUUAUCGUUGAUAUUUGAUCGUUGAUAUUUAACAAUCAUUAACAUGGAAGGAUGAAUGAAUGACGGGACAAAAAUUAAAAUUUCAAUUUUUUUUCCUUUACGCAAGGAUUUAACUUUCAGUGGCCGAAUAAAAUCAAACAUAACAAAGGCUUUUCUGUUUUUUUUCAGUGAAAUUUAGAUUUGAUAGAAAAAUUGAUUUGUAGCGUCAAUAAUACAUAUUUUCUUUUUAAUUUCAGGGCGAACGAUUCCCACACGAUGUGGAGCAGAUGACGCAAAUGACAUGGCUCAAAUUGAACCGAAGUAAUCUGGAACAGGUUCUUUUUACAUAUUUAUUUUGAUUCUCAAAUUUUGAAAUUUCAUUUAGCACUGUUAUUCUGAAGGAAAAAAAUAGAAAAAAACUUUUGGAAAUAUCUUUGAAAAAAAUUUUUUUUUCGAAGAUAUUUCCAAAACCAUUUUUCGUAGCUUCUGUUGGACUGCGUAUGUAUUUAUGGCUUUUUUGUUAGAUUGAGGGACGAUUCAUUAUGCGUGAGACUAUCAGUUAAAAAUGAGAGUCUUUCCUGGACAUCGGAGAAAUUUCUUGUAUUUUUGCAAAAAUGCUUUAUUUGUCGAAUUGUUCCAAAAUGUCUUGUAUUUCUGCAAAAAUGAUUUAUUUUUCGAAUUAUUCCAAUAAAUGGAUUCUGAUUGAAAACAAUUUCACAUUUUGUUCUUCACCUAUUUUUUGACUUUGAGGUGCCUGACGAGUUGUCGCGAUGCGAGAAUCUCGAACACCUGCAGAUGGCGCGAAACCAGUUGACGAGCGUCCACGGAGAGCUUUCCGACCUUCCGCGACUUCGCUCCGUCAUCGUCCGUCACAACAACGUGAGCCUCCUUCCUCACUACCAGAAGUCCGGAGUUUCAGCUCAAAACGGCUGGAAUCCCCACCGACAUUUUCCGCAUGAAAGAUUUGACCAUCAUCGAUCUCUCGCAUAAUCAAUUGAGAGAAGUUUCCAGUUGUUUCUUUCCAAAGUUUUCUCAUAUUCCUCUCAAGGUUCCGCCGAAUCUGGAAUAUGCCAAAGGGGCGAUCGUCCUCAAUCUCAGUCACAACAACAUCGAGACGAUUCCCAAUGCAGUGGGUUCCAUUCUUAGUCGCAGUGUGUUCCAUCCCCUUCUGUCAUUAAAAAGAGGCCGAUCUUCUAUCGAAGUCCUUCUUAACUUGUUUUUCUAUUUCUCUAUGAUCUCAUAUUAUUAUUUAUAUUAGAUUUUUCACUUAGUCUAUUACACUUUAAAAAAGCAAAAAUUAGUUCGAAAAUCCAUUAACUUUUCAGAAAGUCGCAAUAAAAAUUUUCGUGAGUUAUUGGUUUUAAGAAAAUCAUUAAUUCCAUAAGAAAUUACAAUAUUAAAAAAACAUUCCUCCUGUAACGUACAUUGCUUCAGAAUUUUUUGUCGACUAGGGGAGUUUUUUUACUCCCGGUUGAGCUUUUGGGGAAUCUUUGCUGAAUUGUUUUUAGGAUCUCGUGAUUUCAAAACAAGAAUAAAUUUCUCGCAAUACAUCUUGUUUUCGAGUUACGAACCUUCAAAGUUUGCAAAACAUUCAAGUUAUGAAAAAAAAACGCUAUGUAAAGCUUUCGAAGCGUCUUAACUCGAUAACCAGAUAAACUGCGAGAAGUUUUUUCCUUGAAAAUGCUCCUUAGUGAGCUAUCGAUGGAGGAUAAACUUGAGAAUGUUCGAAGAAAUUGAAGCCAGAUAUGUUUUAGGUGUGUGCGAACUUGAUUGAUUUGCUGUUUCUGGACGUUUCCAACAACAAACUGGACAUUCUGCCGCCGCAGAUGCGUCGCCUGACGAUGCUGCAGUCGCUGAAACUGUCCCACAAUCCGUUGCUGCACUUCCAGCUCAAACAGCUCCCCAGGUCGGGCGCUGUCGGAAGACCUCAACUCUUCCUUCUUGUAGUAUGACUGCGCUGAACGUCCUGCACAUGAGGAACACCAACAGGACCAUCGACAACAUUCCGCCGGCGCUCGACGACCUUCAGAAUCUCCGAGACGUCGACUUUGCCGAGAACAACUUGUCCGAAGUGCCCGACGCUCUUUUCAAGCUCAAAAACUUACGGAAGCUCGACUUGAGCUCUAACAAGGUAACUUAAAUUCUCAUCUAUAUGUUUUUGUCUUGUCUCGGGUGCCUAUAUUCUCAAUGUUCUCGCUUUCCUUGUAUUAUGUUGUUAGAAACGAUAAAUAGGGUUUUUCAAGACAUUCUCAAUCUAGAGGCGAGUUUUUGCGUACAGAAUCAGAAGUGAUAAGGGUGUUGAAAAGUUUGAGGUUAUCUUGAAGAAUAUUUCUCAUAAAUGGACGAAAAAAAUUAUAUUCAAACUUUUCUAAGGAAACUUUGAAGUCUUCUUCAGAUCACAAAAAUCAAUCUGACGGAAGGCGAGUGGGAGCAACUGGAAACGCUGAAUGUGAGCUCCAACGAACUUUCGGCCCUUCCCGACUGUCUCGUCAAGCUCUCACGUCUUCAGAAGCUCUACGCCAGCGACAACCGUCUUACCUUCGAAGGUACUCAGAACUCGUUUUCAAGGAGAAGGAGAAGUUUGAGUAAAUCUAAUGAGAGUCAUCCAAUGCAAAUUGUAGUGAAAAAAAAAUUAUUUCCUGAGCUUUAAAAUUUUUUGUCUCUUUCUUUUCAAAGUGACGUUAUUUACGGAAUUUUUUCGUAACUUUGCAAUAAAAAAGCAUUUUAAACCUUUACUUACCUUUUUCUUAGGUUAUAGAAAAAAAUUAAUAAGAAUGCGCUUGCUCUGUAAAAUAAAGUUUUUCUGACGAGAUUUCUAUCUCCUUACUCUCAGUGAAUAGUAAGUUUAUAUGCGAUUAGACAAAGAAUAUAGUCUGUUCAGAUUCUCAAUGUCAACCAGCUAACUCCGCUCCUGUUAAGACGGUACCUUUUCGCGUCGAUUUUUUAUCGCGCGGGACUAAUUUUGAUCUUUUUUGAUCUAAAAGAUAGAAAAAGAAGUCAAAAAUGCAGCCUUAUUAAAGGUUCAUCGUCAUCUGGAUAUAAAACAUUGUCGCGAAAGAUAUUGUAGCCUUGGGGGUGGAUUUAGCUGCUUGACAUUCAAAAUCUGAACAGACUAUAGCGAUAAUUUUGAAAAUUUGAAUUCGAAAAGAUGAGAAAAUUCGUCUCUCGAAUGCCUUUGUCAACUAGCCGAAAUCUCGGAAUACAGUUUUUGGUAAUUUUAUUGACCUUAGGAAUACCUUCUGGGAUCGGCAAGUUGCUGCAGCUCACGGUGCUGCACUUGUCCUUCAACCAGCUCGAGCUGGUGCCUGAGGGCGUGUCUCGCUGUGUGAAGCUGCAGCGACUGCGACUCGACCACAACCGCCUGAUCACCCUCCCCGACGGCGUCCAUCUCCUGCCUGACCUCAAGGAGCUCGACCUCCACGAGUUGGUUCUUCUUUCUUUUCUCCUUGCCUUGUAUCCCAUUCAAAAGUCCGACGUACACUUCAUUUCCUGAGCUGAAACUUCCAUGGAAACGUCCAAAAAAAUUUUCUUUCGUCACUUUUUCUCUAAUAUUGUUAGGGCUCCUGUUCGGUAACUUUUCAAGUCAACGAUGAAUGACUUGUAGGAUUGAAAUGAAUGUGUUCGCAGAAUCGACGAUGAACUGCGCAGAAUGAAUUUCAAUAUUUUAACUGAUACAUCUUAAUUUUUUCACGAGCUUUGACUGAUUUUAGUUCUUAUCUUAUAUCCAAAAACGCGCUAAAUUGAUUUUGGGUAGGGCAAAAAGGUGUCGUUUUUCGCGCAUUUUCUCUCAUAUCCAAGCCGGGAGUCGAGCGGUUCCAUUCGUUUCUACUUUUUCGAGGUUUAUUCGAAAUAUUUUUCUUUGAUUCUUUUGAUUCCGCACAAACUGUGAGUAAACAUAAUUCGAUAUUUCUUGGUUUCAUUUUUCUCAAAGAAUACGAGUGUUGAGAUUUAAAAAAAUGAGAUACACCCGAAUUUCACUGCCUUUUCAAUGUAAAAUUUACAAGAAAUUUUGGAAAAAAUUUCCCAGAAGCUUUAGUUUUUUUUUUAAAUAGUAGUUCAGAUUCGAAUUGAGUUUUAUCUUUUUUCCUGGCUGUACUCUCAUAAUCCAUUCAUAGGAGGUCACGCUCCUAUUUCAAAGGUUCGCAAACAAACAUUUUGCAUUUCUUCAUUCUGUUUCACAAGCUUUUAUGAGGCUUUAAAAUCGGGGACCUUUUCCGAGGAUAGUUUUCUUCUCCGUUGUUCAGUUUCCUUUUUAAAUAGUCUCGUUUGAUAUUUUUCUCUCUAUUUGGUUAUGAUUGUGGUCGGAGUGCGUGACUCACUACCUCAUGGGGAAUCAUCAUACGUCAUCGCGUCCUUCACAUUUUCUUUGUUUGGAAAUGUUUCCGUUUCUUCCUUCCCUUCAAAUCAGCUCUUCUCAACAGAUCAAUGAAAAUCCUUUUUUCCAGAAAUGAGAAUUUGGUGAUGCCGCCGAAGCCGAACGAUGCACGCAAAAAACUCGCUUUCUAUAACAUCGACUUUUCUUUGGAACACCAGGUCUUUUUUUCGAAAUAUGAAUUCUAUCGGUAGGAUAGGUAUGAAUUAUGAGGUUGCGACCUCCGAACAUUCCAACUGCAGAAAAAUGGAUGGGAUUUUUUCAUAAAUGAUUGAUGGGUUUUUUUUUUGUUGGUCGAUGCCAUUUUCGUGGGUUAUGAGUAUUCGAAAUGGGAGUGAGCACCUUUGGAGACUUUUUUAAUAAAAUUUGUUCUCUUCACGAAAUUUCAAUUUUCUAGUGAGGUGUGGCCGAAGUCACAGUUUUCACACAAGAUUUAUUCAAAAACAAAAAUUUCCCGAAUAUCUUGAUUUUAUUUAGGUUUGAAUGAUGAAAAAGAACAAAUUUAUUAUAUUGAAAAAUAGAAUGAGAGAAGCACACGUUUUAUACUCAAGGCUUAAAAAGAUAUUUCUUUUGAAAACAGUUUAAAAGAGCAUAACCGGUCCGUUUUACAAAAAAGAAAACAGGGAUUUUCAAAAAAAGAAGCGAAAACAGUUGCAUCACGUACAUGUAAACAUAAGGUUCAGACUUUCCGACAUGUUUUCAUGACAGAUGUUAUUCUUUACGAUGCUUUUACUUUCUUUAAGUGACCCUUUUCUCAAGAUUAGGAAUCCUAAAUACUAAUAUUCCAAAAAAAAAAAUAUUUUUCAAAUAAAAAAACAUUGAAAAAUAUUAAUUUCAUCGUUAAGUUAAUGAAAUGGUCUUCACAUUAAAAUAUAACCCACUCAUUUCGAGUUUUUUUUUUAAAUUUGUAAACGACAGGACGGUGAAUGGUCUUUUUGUUCUCAAAAUGCCUCUUGAACCAAGUUUCUGUUGAAGAAGAAGCUGGCGGGGCAAAUGGCGAGUCCGUCCUCCUCGGUGUCGUCGAUCCACUCCGGCGGAGCACAGAAGGACGCCCUCGCACGGCGGAAAGAGUUCAUCCGCCGUCGGAAGGCGCAGGCCGAUCAGCAAGGCGCCGACAAAGUCAUCCAGGUACGAUCCACUCUCGGAGGGAGACGUUUUGAAGAGAAAUUCUCUAAAAUUAGUUUUCGAGAAUAAUGCUUUUUUUGAACUGGGAAACCUUUUUGAAAUGUCCUUCUUUUGUCCAUUGGAACUUUGCUAAAGCUCAAUGAUACUUAUUUGAAUAUUAAACCAGGCUUUCAUGGGGAAGUUAUGAGUCCGUUCCGCUAGUUUUCUGAGAUUUUCUGACAUGAAAAAUGUACUCAAGCAACGAAGAUUGGAAAAAUCGACCAUUGCACAUUGACAUGAGUUGCACACUUCGGGAUACCUUCAAAUAUCUCAAAAGAAGUCUUUUUUGAAUGAGCCGCUACCUCGUCUUUUGUGACUGUGGGAAUCUCGAAUUUCGGACGCCCGGCAAGCAGAAAAAUGCCAUGAGGUUUUAUGUGCGAGCGCCGCGUUUCUUUCUCUUUCAGGUGAUUUCGACUUCUUUUUCAGCGCUAACUGUCCCCAUUCACUUUUUCUGUAGAAAGGUGUUCAUUUCUUCCUUAUCUACCUACAUAUUGACAAUUGUUUCGCCGUCUCAACUUCAACUUUUGCAUUUAAAAAAUUUUCUUUUUAUUCCUGUUCACACAUGUGCAUUUAUUGUGAUCCUCUUGAAAUCUUUUUUUUUUUCCUUUUUUUUCGUGAAGAACCAUUAUCAUGAUGUUUUUCUCAGCGGAGGCUCUCGAUAUGAGGACAGAUUAUAUAGCCUGCGUUUCCUCGAAAAAGCCGCUCAAGUUUCAAUCUCUUUUUUUGGGUUGUUCAAGCAAAAAAAUAUCACAUCUCUACGCUUAUCAGAAAGUGUACUGUAGGUAAAACUCUAUAGGGUCAAAGAAAGUCGUUUGAACGCUCGGGAGAAUUUUUGACUCUCAGUCAAGUUUGACCUGAUGACUUUCAGGGCAUGUCGAAAAUCGCUGGCGCUGGCGUCGCCCUCAAAGAACAACAAGAGGCGGAGGAAGAAAUCGCCGCUCGGAGCGCCGUAAACUGGAAGGUCGUCACGUCUUUUACUUUUCAUUUCGAACCCAAAGAGUUCAGAAAAACAUCGAGAAGCAGCGAAAAAACCUCGACUACAGCGACAUCUUCGACGACGACGUUGGCCACGAUGAGGUUUUUUUGCCCCUUGAGCUAGUCUAUUCAUUGAAGCAUGUAAUUUAUCUUUGGAAUCUAUGAAUUUAUGGCUUCGAACUUUUGGUAUUGUAGAAAAGAGUUCAUUUUUCAGGGUCUUUGGCUCUGGGAAAUCGAAAACUUCUACCCUUCGAUCAUGGACGAAGCCUUCCACGGCCAAUUUUAUGACGCUGAUUGUUAUUUGGUGCUAAAAACUACAAAGGUUUCUCUUUCGAUUAUUUUGCUUUCAGUUAUUUUACUAUGGUCGACAGUUUUUUUUAAUGGUGAGCAGAUUUAUAUUAUGUUUUUGUAACGGAACAUCUUUACCUGAACAGGUGAUUUUUCAAGUGAUUUUCACUGCUACACACUGUGUAGUAAAUUUACAGUCGUUUUUUAGUUUAAUCCAUUAUUUACGUACCGGCUGAGUUUGAUUACAUGUCGAAGAAGUUCCCAAUGCUCUUUGAAAAGCGAGAGAAGAUCAAGGAGAUCGAAAUAGUGGUUUGUGCAGGAAAUCUCGGGACAACUCCGCCACGCGAUUUACUACUGGCUCGGCGAGCACGCCACCCUCGACAAGGGAAUGUGCGCCGCCGUGCACGCCGUCGGCCUCCGCAACCAUCUCAACGCCACCUGUCGGUCAGUCCCUCUUCAUUUCCACACUUCUUCGCAUCAAGAGAUAAAGUUUCUUCUUAUAACUUGAAUACACAUUUCUCUAGAUAUACUGAAAUUUUUGCGUAGUCGAGGUCCAUCAAUCAUGACCUAUAGAUUAAGACGUAUAGAUUUCAUCUCAAAAGAGAAUUUUACUGCCCAUGUGUCGCUAAGAAUGAUAAUCUUUCAAAAAGUUCGUCAGGGGAAUUUUUUAAAGGUCACACUGUUGCAACAUUGUUUUUUGUAAAUUUUAUUUUCAAAAAAAAAGGAUUUAUUGUUAAGGAUGUAGGGGAAACACCUUUUUAGCACAAAAUCGUAAUAGGUAAUGUGUAGACUCACUAAAACCGUGGUCCAUCAACCUUUUCAUACUUUUGUAGGACGAUUCGAGAGGAAAUGAACGACGAAUCCGAGGAGUUUCUGAUGUUAUUCGGCGAAGAAGUGAUGUACAUCGAGGGGGCGCGCACCUCCACAGGAUUCUACACGACGGAGAAGCCGCCACACGUGACGAGGUACGUUCCUCCGAGGACUUUGUCACUCAAGCGAUCACUUCGCAGACUCUAUCGUGCAUCUGUCAAUGGAACCGCCGUAGAAAUGGAACCUGUGCCGCUGUCUGUCGAGUCUCUCGAUCCGCGCUUCUGCUUCCUUCUCGAUGCCGGCGACGUCAUGUGGAUUUGGAGCGGAGCGCGCUCUCGGGUACACUAUUUCCUACAGAGACGAGUAAAGAGUCGAUGAAAAUUUAGUCUGGAAAUUUCAGCUUCCCACUAAAAAAGUUUAUUGCAAAACUGAAAAGUAAGGUGCGUAUAGAUUUUUAAGAAAUUUUUAAAAAUGUGUUUUUCUUUUCAAUUUUUUUUUUAUUCUUUGGUUCCUUUGUCCAAUAUAAUGUAUCUCGUCAUUAGAAUAGCUGAUUUGGAGGAUUAUCAGCUUCUUUUUAAAAGUUUAAGGAUGAAAAAAAUAAAGUUUAAAACAAAAAAAAACGAUUAAUAAAUAAUAGCAAAAAGUUUUGACCACUGAGCGGAUCGAACGCCCAACCUUUCGAUCUGGAGUCGAACGCGCUACCAUUGCGCCAAGCAGUCACGAGGACUCCUCAUGGCUGCGGCCAAGAUACACUCUCUUGCUCUCUGCACACACAUAGCAGGGUCGCGUGUAUUCGCUUCGUUGUUCUGUUUUUCCUCUCUUCUCUCCUUUUCUCACCCUUGCUCUUUUCUUUGGUUCAAAAAGAAUUCCAGUGAAGAAAACGGAAUUUGUUCUCUGAAAAUAGGAAAAAGAGCAAACUUUGCAGAUAACAGUGUCGAAUAAAGCGAGGUUGUUCGCCGAGCGACUGAACAAGAGGGAUCGCAAAGGAAAGUCCGAGAUUGAAACCUGUCGCCAGCUGAAGACCCCGCCAGAGUUUUGGCAGGCUCUUAUGGGUACGCCAUUGGAGAAAACGCAUCCGAAGACUUUUUGUAGGAGUAGCUCAGAAUCCAGGGGUUCCACUUGUCGAGCAUGUUCCCGAGGACUUUUUGCCCGAGCGAAAACGUCUUUAUCAGGCAAUUUUUUUUCAAAUUUUUUCUUUGAAUUUUGCUUCUGUUGUCGGAAAUCUGACUUUAUAACAAUUCAUGACGCUCUAAUAUACAUGAGCGAUUCAGGGCUAAUCUUCUGAACAUUUUUCAAUAAAAUUAUCAAGUUUAUUUUCAGAAGGAAGUUGAGUAAGACAAACGAAGAUAAUUCAUCGAUAAUGCUCUUUUUAGAUUUAUCGAUUUUGCAAAAAAAGUUCUAGUUUUUCCUUUUUUUUCUAAGUUUAAGAUUUCUAUAUUGCUAUAUUUUUUUCUUAAAUUUACAGUUUUUCAUAAAUCAAAGCAUUUUUAAACGUUUGAAGCUUUGACACAAUGUAUUUGUGACCCUCAAGGGUUGUACUCGACGGGAAGGUUCUUAGUAGGAAACAUCAAAAACUUCAAAUUUUUUCACUGAUUUUCACCCUGCUUUUUUGAAAGCAAUUUUUUUUAAAGGUGAACAUUGGGAUGGGAUUCUUGGAACUGCCCCAAGUAGAACUGCCGAAAGGAGUCGCGAAACAAGAAAUGCUCAACACCAAAUGCGUCUACAUUCUUGAUGCAACGUCGGACAUUUUUCUUUGGACUGGAAAAAAGGCCAACAGGUCCGUCUAAGAUCAAAAUUCUUCCAGAACUGAACAGUUUAGGCUUUUGAAAAUGGCAGGGCAAAAAAUGGUUGUCGAGCUGCAUCAGAUGCUGGAAAGGCCCGACUACGCUCAAGUCUACCGAGAAACUGAGGUCUUAAUCCAUUUCUUGUCAGGCAAAGAUGAUUCUUUCGAGAGAAAAAAAGGAACUUUCAAACAAUAUCUUUUUUAUCGUUCAUUGGUUUUUGAAAGAUCUAGGCUAGGCUUCAACUUCGGAAACUCAUCAGAGCCGAAAAAAAAAACGAAGGAGUUAGUUGCUUGAAUAGAGAAGCAAUAUGCAUUAUUUUAUUUUUGAAAAAUAUUAUUCCUAAGUUUGACACGACAGGACGAAGAGUCGAUGAUGUUCCGCUCCAAGUUCGCUGGAUGGGACGAGAUCGUUCCUGUCGACUUCACGAGGACGAGCGAGUCUGUACAGCGUGUGCCCGACCUGAAGGUAGUCCUUGAGUCCGUCGAACGCCUUCAACUUCCUCCAGGUGCUGAUCAAACGGGACAACAUGAUGAAGACGGACCUGGCGGCGCUGUUCCUUGACCGACAGCCCGCGAUGAGUUUCGAGGAGAGCGAGGACCUCCUUCAGGAGUGCAACGAGGACCUCGAGCUCAUGGAGAGCUUCGUUCUGGUCAGAAAUAUAUAAUUCACCCAAAUUAGAAGAAAAAAAGGAUCGCGGCGAAAAAAGCUUUAUGGUCUCUAAUGGGGUUCCUGAUUUUUUUUUUGUCGUGUUAGUCCACUUUUUUAGAAAUUUCAAAGUGAACCACAGAGAAAAGAUUAGAUCUAUAUAAAAUUUCAAGUGCGAAUUCGUCAAUUGCCUAAGAAAGAAAUGUUUGAACUGCAGGAGGGACGGAAGUUCGUCAAGCUGCCGCAAAGGGAGUUCGGCACGUUCUACACGAUGGACUGCUACGUUUUCUUGUGUCGUUACGCGGUUUUGCUCGACGACGAAGACGACGACGGAAGCCACGUCGGCGACGACGACGAAGUCAGUUCACCCGAGCGAGAAAAUUACAAACUUUUUUUUUAAUUACAAAACUUUUCCGACAAGCGUUUUUGAAAUGCAAUCCGGUUUGAAAUAGAAAAAAAAUCGUUGCUCUUUGGAUAUUAGGUUUCCUCAGAUGUUUUCGAAAUUGAAGAUUCAGAAUAAGACUCAAACUCUUAUGUUCAGGUGCAAACAGACUUCAAAUGCGUGUUAUACUUUUGGCAAGGUCGCGACGCCUCCAACAUGGGCUGGCUCAACUUCACUUUCCAGCUGCAGCCCAACUUUGAAGACAUCUUCAAAGAUAAACUUGAGGUCACAUCAACCAUCUUAUUGCACCAAUUGAAAAGCCUAAAACUUAAGAUUCGAAAAUCGACAUAAUUUUUGAAUUUCAUUUUUAAAAAAAGUAAAACAUUAUCCGCAACGCGUUAAGCUGUUUCACUUUUUUAUAAGAAACUUUUUAAUUUUGUGUAAGGAAAGCUUUUUCUCCAAAAAUAAAAUACUAGACCGAUUUAAAGCCUAGCUCAUUGCUGUAAUUGACGCAUUUCAGGUGGUCCGAAUGUACCAACAGCAGGAGAACCACAAGUUCCUGUCCCACUUCAAGCGCAAGUUCCUGAUCCGACGUGGCCGCAGAGGUCUGACGCGCAACAUGGGCGGCAAGUGGCCUGAGCUAUUCCAAAUGCGGGCCAACGGCUCCAGCGUCUGCACCAGGACCAUCCAGAUCGACUGCGUGUGAGAACUUCCCUCCUGAAAUUGAAGUUCCAACCAGGGUUUGCAGAGCUUCGCAACUGUGCUCGGCGUUCUGCCACAUUCUCCGGAUCCCCUUCAAAGAGCCCAACGAGUUUGGCGAGCGCGGCAUCGUCUACGUGUGGCUGGGAAAAGACGCUGAACAUCGAGACCACGAAUACGCUCAGCAGGUCUCUAGGAGCCUUUCCAAGGAGAAAUUGGAAAAUGCCUGACUCUACCAAUCUUUUUUUCAAACUUUGAAACUUUUAUUCAGUCUUCAGAGAAGGUUCUCUGCUGAAUCAUGGAAUGAUUGAAGAGUUGUCUAUUCGCGAAGUUCGGUUCGCGAGACUGUAGUUGAUCAAGCGUAGACGGCGCGUGAAGCGUCUCGCCUCUCUUGUGAUAGUAGUAGACGACUUUCGAGCGUUUCCGACGAUCACUGCUUCUCCACGUAGGAACAGUACAGUACCCAGCUUGUCCAGGCCUGACGGCGUCGGAUUAAAUCUCAGACGAGAGCGGAAAUGAAAACCGACCACUCGGUUGCUAGAAAUGAGAUUAAAAAAAUGAGAUCUACCAAUCAGUCAAUUAUUAUCUGUUUUGUAUUUUUAGUCAUAGAUGUUAUAGAGAAGGGCGACUUUGCUGUGUCUAUGAUUUCUUUUUUCGAAAAUCUACUUUCGGCUUUUCGGCUGACUAUUUACGAAAAAAAAAAAUGAAGAGGUUGCUUCCUGAUUUUGAAAAAAAGGAAGAUUUUGUCGUCGCAUGGAAAAUGGGAAAAUAUCAACAGAAAUGAAAUUUUUGAGGUGGCCUCUGACCUGAUAAUCCGCGACGACGACGACAGUUUCCCAGUACGUAUGGUGGCCGAGGGAGAGGAGAACGAACAGUUUUGGGCGGCACUCAACGGCCAGAAAAAGUAGAAUGGUUCCGACUUUCUCUCCUCAGAUUCGCCUGUUUCGCAGAUACCAGACAGACUCGGAGUUCGUCCAGUUCACUCGGCUUUUCCGGUGCACCAACGAGAAGGGCUACUUUGCCGUGUCUGAGAAGACGGUCGACUUUUGUCAGGUUCCUUUUUUUGAGUUUAUUGUUCUAGAGAAACUACAGGUCGGGAUAAAUUUUAAUAAAUGUCAAGUAUUUUUUUUUGUAGUGAACUUGGUUUUUGAAAAAUUUCAACAACAAAAAAAGUUGAAAAUAUAAUUUGAAGUAAAUUUGUCAAAAGUAUUGAAAACUAACUUUUUAACAUGUCGAAUGUGAACCCGUUUCCAAAUUCAACAAAAUAGUGUCAAUAUCGUAUAUCGAAAGUAAUAUUAUGUUUUUUUCCUCGAGAGAUUUCGUUACGCUUGAGGGUAACAUUUUCUUAAAUUUUAAAUAGGGUAGCAUCAUUUAUAUGGUUUUAGGAGUUCGCUUUUUGCUGUAAUGAGUCAACUUGUGAUGAAAAAAGAUUGAACGAUAUUUAAAGAGAUUUCUCUUGAUAUUUGGCCAUAAGUCAUCAGUUUGAAAAAUGAACGGUACAGGAUGACCUCGACGACGACGACAUCAUGAUCCUGGACAACGGCGAGAUCAUCUUCUUGUGGAUCGGAGCGCGCGCCUCGGAGAUCGAAGCCAAACUCGCUUACAAAGCCGCCACUGUUGGUUGCUCCCAAUCGAAGAGAUCAAAUUCCGAUCUGCAGGUCUACCAAGCUCACAUGAAGAUGAAGCAGACGGACCGUCCGCGGAAGCUCAUGCUCGCCCUCAAGAACCACGAAAGCUCUCGCUUCCGCAAGUGCUUCCAUGCCUGGGGCAAACACAAGGUGACCAAUUUCAUUUUUUUUUUUUUACUGCUUCUCUAGAAAAUGGCAUGAGCUUAUAAAUUAUUGUUUAAAAAAAGUUUUAAAAAUUCAAGCUGCGAGUUUCAGUGUUUUUUUCAAACUGUUUUGAACCAACAGAAAUGAAAUGAAAUUUUUUUAUAAAUUUUUUUCCAGUUAUUUAUCCAGCUUUUUUUGCGUGGGAAUCUAGUCAUAACUACGUUUUUCUUUACAUUCGUCGAUUAUUGAAAUAAAAAUUCUUAAAAAAACUUUUAGGUCGCCGCGGGAACAGAUUGA